UCUGUGAAAUCCAACCCCAUUCCUGACUCGGCUGAAAGUCAGCCUGGAGUAGCUAGCUAGCUAACGUCAAAAACAUUUUUCUCAGCCACCUGCAGAAAGUUAUUUCGAGUGUUCCAUCCUACGAGGUCUGCAGCGGCAUGUGAGAGGCUGUGAUCUGACAGUGCUCUGUGGGCGGGAUGGCGUCUAAGCUGCUGGACAGACUCCGCCGCACCUUGUUCAAGGAGGGGGCGGUCCCUGCACAGCUGGGCGGAGCCGAGGACUUCCCGGAGAGUUCAGAACUCGAGGAUGACACAGAAUGCGUCUCGGCACGCCUCAGUGGGACCCUCAGCUUUGAGGGCGAGAGAAUGCUAGACUCUGAAGACCAGACGGAGACCUCAGGGCCGGACAGUGAUUCUGACUUUCUGGGAGAAUCUACAGAGAAUGGGUCCUGCAGCACAGAUGGCAGCCCAGUGGCGCCCUCUGGUGGUCCAUCCAUGCUGACGCGGCAGCUGCAGGAGAGCUGGCGAAGCUCGCAGUCCCGCUGUAUCCAGGAGAAGCUGGUGUUCGAGGUGACGGAUGCCGCUGUGGUGCAAGAGGGCACCUCCAAGUAUGUGCUUUACACCAUCCACGUGAUCCAGUCUGGAACAUUCGACAAGACCCCGGCGCUGAUCACGCGGCGCUACACCGACUUCGAGCGCCUUCACGCCCGCCUGCGCCGUCGUCACGGGGACGAGAUGGAGGGCGUGUGCUUCCCGCGCAAGAAGUUACGGAGGAACUUCGCCGCAGAGACCAUCGCCAAGCGCAGCCGGGCCUUCGAGCAGUACCUGACACACCUGUACUCCCUGCCAGAGCUGCAGCGCGCGCCCACAUUUCUGGAGUUCUUCUACCUGGGCGACCUGCGGGUGGGGCAGGUGCUGCUCCGAGGGGGGCGCUACCAAGAGGCCCUGGGGUCCUUUCUGAAUGCGCUGCGGCUCCAGGAGAAGCUGGGGUGCCAGCAGCAGCUGAAGCAGUGCUCCCACUGGCUCUACACCCUGUUGGCCCUGGUGGCCUGCUUCCAGGAGCUGGAGCAGCUGGCCGAAGCCCAGGAGCACUGCGACCGUGCCCUGCACCACCUGGCGCCAUCCCAGGAGUCACUGCAGCUGCAGCAGCUCCACCCGCUGCUCGUCCCGCUCCUGCAGGCCAACGUCAGGCUGUCCUGGAAGAUCUCCAAGGACAAGCGGCAGUGGGAGGCGCUGCUGCAGGAGAUCCAGGACUCGGGGGUGGAGACGGGGAACCAGCCCAGUCUGAAGGAGUACCUGGUGAAGGAAGUCCUGGAGGAGAGCGAGAGUGACACCAAGCACAAGGGCAAAGACGACACUACCUAAAACACUCACUUCCACACCUGCUUACUGCAAGCAUCACUAUGUGGGAUUCCUGCAUGCAUUCGCCUUCACCACAGAGCCCAGUACGAUGGUCUCUGGACACGCCAGUGCCCUUAUAAUGCACUCACUGCUAGCUGAACACUGCUGCAAAAUAUCCCGGUUUUUCAUUUCUUUACCCAGACUUCUCAACAGAAAGGAAUUGCCAGCUCUUUAGGCCUACUGUGUGCGCUCAGUGGAGACGCUGCAUAUGGUGAAUACAAGUGCAUGUUUCCACCUUGCGUUCUUGGUUUGGUCUUUUGUAAAAUAACAUAGUGCAAAAAAUAUAGAUCAGUUUACAGUGAUUUUUUUUAAACAAUUGUGCCUUUCCUUUGAUCAUUCCGUACAAGACAAAGGAGCAGUUAGAAGGGAACAGUAGCAUUUGUUUAACAUUUAAGGGAGUCCUAACAAUGAGGGAAGCAUGUGACUACAAAGGGAAACAUGGUGGUGUAUACCCACGCACUAAUACGUUAUCAUGGCAUCAAGAAUGGGAUAAACUACAAGAGUUCUAUGAGUGUGCCUUGCGUGGAAUCCACUGGAUAAGAUGCAAGUAUGCCACUGUCCUUUCUUUGAUUAUGAGAGCUCAGUGCCUGGUUCACUACAUGAUCUUGAGGUUUAAUUUUUUGGUACGUCAGGAGAGGAUGUUGAAAGUUAUCAUCAAACAAAGAGAAGAUAAUUAUAUCACAGAAAAGUGAGAUUCUAACCAUUGUCCCUAACACCAGCGUCUGCCUUGUUUGAACUAGAAGCGUCAUUUGACUCUUCUUAAGUAUGGCCUUUCCCGUACAGCUGAGUUUUGUAAUGCUGUUUUCAAGUGACAGAAAUAACUUGAAAUAUGUACUCCCCCAAAGUGGAUAUGGAUUUCACUUCUUAUGGAAGUUUUGAUGCUUCUUGGUUUGACAGCCGAGACCUAAUGCGUGGCAGUUUUUGGUUUACUCUAGCUGUUUUUUUAGCUAAAAGACAUAGCACAUUGUACUUGGAUUAUUUCACACAGUUGAUCCCAUACUCUCAGCAGGGCAGUAUAGUCACUAUUUCUGCUUGCCCCACACUUUGUUUCAGUGAUCAUGUGAUGUACCAUAGUAUAUGCUGUACCCACACCUGCAGGUCAUGUGACUUCCGCUCCUGACAGACUUAAGUUUGCUGCAUGUUUUAUACGCACAUAUAAGCCUUACAGAUCGGCUGCCACUGGAUUGGUACAAUCUAUGGUCUGAAUAGUCACGUUCACUAACCAAAAAUCCUGAAUGGGAUGUCAAUAAAAUAAAAUUAUGAGCGCUUACCGUAUGUACUCAAAAAUCAAGAAGUGGCAAAAUUAUGGAUUUUCCAAGAUACUUUUCAGUAAAGAUGCACAAGGACGUCUGAGGUUUCAGUCCUUUCUCAGUGUUUCUGUCAUCUCUGUGGGUUUGUACUGUGUGUGCAGAUAAAUCUGUCUUUUUCUUCGGGGCUACUCAGCCCUGAUCCUGGAUCAGUGCAAUCAUGCUGACUUUCCAGCUGCUAUUAAACCACUGAACAGGGAUGGCGGGAGUUUAUGCAUGUAGACACUGUCCUGCCAGUAGAAGGGUGGAAAAACCUUGUUUAUAUUGACAAAAAGAUUAUCUUUUACAAAAAAAGUUUGUUGUAUGCUAUUUUUCUAUGUAUAAAAUGCCUGUGAACCU